AUGGUUAUGGACGGCCAAGAGUCUCCGGUAUCCGUGGACAACAACAGACCGUCGCCAUUGAAACGCAAAAGAGCCCGCGAGAGAUCCAGGGUGACGCGUGCAUGUGAUCGGUGCAAAAAGAGGAAGAUCAAAUGCAAUGGCAGUCAGCCGUGUGAUUUUUGCUCUAGGGCAAAUAUCAGCUGCACUUUUGACUCCACCUAUGCCAGGGGCCGCAUGCCUCUGAUCCCCCGGGUGUCCGAUGUGGGAACAAGGAGCAUAUCAUUCGCAGUAGAGGAUGAAAUGAUACCUAGCAAGAGUCCUUCGGUCUCGGGGCAGCACCCAGACGCGAUGACAUUCACGGAACCAACGCCGCAACGUCCCAUGGAUUCAAGCAAUCAUGAUCCCUCGUCAAGAUAUCAAGCACCAUCUGCUCUAGCCUACGUGUCCGCAUCAUCACGAAACUCUCCAGAGCCUUCUCAGACUGAUCAGCAAGGCCACUAUAUUGGGCCAGCGUCCGGGGUUUCUUUCCUUCUCAGAGUUCAGAAGCGCCUGGUUCAAGCGAUUUCGUUUUCCCACUCCAGUAGUAUCUUUACCUUCGGUGAUGCUCCUCUCCAUCCUCCAGAAUUUGAUCCUUCUUUUUGUAUGAUGCUCCCUCGAGAUGACGCUCAGCGCCUAGUUGAUCGAUACUUCGAUUUUGCGAUGCCGACCUACCGCUUUCUUCAUCGGCCUACUAUUCAGGAGUGGUUUAAAGAGUUUUAUGAUACUCUUGGGCUAAUGCACGACCAGCAGAGUGCUCCAGCGAAAGUCGCAUUGCUGUUCAUGAUAUUUGCUCAGGGCAGGGUUUACAUGCCUGACAACGAUAGGCCGGGUCCAUCAGAUCUGAGAUUAACCUGGGACAGUGCUCGGUAUUAUCUAGCAGCUGAACAUCAGCUCACAAAGGAAAGGGGCUCGAUACGCCUAACGAGUGUUCAAGCUCGCUUGCUGCAAUGCUAUUAUCUUCUUACUCAAUCUCGUAUUAACCAUUGUUGGAGUCUAUUCGGCACAAUGGCGCAUUUGGGCCUGGCUAUUGGCCUCAACAGAGACCGACAUCCUGAUGCAAUGAAUGGAUUGAGUCGCGUGGAGGCAGAAUGCCGCCGGCGAACAUUCUGGUGUGCAUACACUUUAGAUGCUUACCUGAGUGCUGCCCUCGGCCGGCCGAGGUCUUUUCACGACGAAGACAUCGAUACCGAGCUUCCUGCAUGUGUUGAGGAUGAAGAUCUUGCGACAGAGCAUCUUGACACUUCUGCCGUCAACAGAGGGCAAUCAAUCAUGCUUGCCCCCGUUGCACACAUUAGGAUCGCUCGGAUAAUCAGCAGAAUUUUGCGGGAUCUUUACUCUAUCAAGCCAAUCUCAGCUAGUCGCCGGGUCGUUUUGACGAAACAAAUCUCAGAAGACCUCAGUGCCUGGAGAGCAGAUUUGUCCCGUUUUCUGGAUGCUGACUACUUCAGCACCUCUCUUCUUGUUCCGAUCUACCAGCGUCAACGGAAUGUUCUCAAUCUCACUUAUUGGCAUUCGAUAAUUCUCACCCAUCGAUCCUAUAUUCUCAGAGACCUAAUGCCGUAUCCUCAUCACACUAGAGGUGCGGGCAACAGAGACCGACAGACUGAGGAAAGUGUCCAGCAAUGUUUAAUGGCUGCCAUCAAAACCAUAACGGCAUACUUUGCAUUCACCGCAAGCAUUGUGCUCUACAUCUACGUAAUUCAGCAACGAGCGUCUCCACCAGAGACCUACAGAGAAUACUUGUCGGCUGCUACAAGAUGCCAAUCUCAUAUUUUGGCAAUCGCCGAGAAAGGAUCACUAUCAGAACGUUAUUGUCUAGUUUUGGAGGAGCUACGACUCGAGGUACUGCGCCAAACUGAACGUACACACGUUCCCAUGACAAACCUGGGUGAGAUGAAUAGCAAUCCACAUGAGAACAGCCUCCAAGCAUCGUCCAUUCCCAUGGGUGGCGAUACAAUGACCGCCACAAACUACACAGAUCUAAUGGGCGACCCUCCGAUUGAUUUCAAUGACAUGCCAGCUACUGGCCUCUCCGACUACUCGGGGUGGGGACAAUUUGCUUCCAUGGUUUCGUCAGGACUUGGAAAUCUUGACGCUUUCCUCAAUGACGAUCCUUUCAAGCUCUGA